UGAAAAAGCUCCAAAUUUUCCACCAUUCCGUUUUGUUUGUCUAAGUUAUAACGUCACUCGCGCGCUUCGCUAUUCAGAUCAGGUGAUAUUACUAUUGUGCAAUCUGUCACACGCAACUGAAUGCAUGAGGGUGCGUACAAACAGACCAGUUGUAAGCUCCCAAGUGAAUCAUCACGUGUUCUGAUCUAGGUGGCAACAAGAAUGAAAACACGUUCAGCGAAUCUGUCUAUAACCCAAAUACAUGUAUGAAAAAGAUAACAUCACGUGGUCUGUAGGCAAUUUAUAUUCGUCAUUAAUCAUUUGUAAUGAAAUUUUAGUUCUGUUCCGAAAUGAAUUUCACAUGACUGAUUUCACUGUCAAGAUAAAAAUAGCGCGGAAUACGCUUUGAAAUAUUCUGCAACGUGUAUCUGUGAUGUGGGAAAAAUGUAGUUUAUCAUAAAUGUUAUUGUUUGCAAAAUAAAGAAAGGUAGUUUUUAUUAAAUUUAGCUGACAUCCGCGAAAAAUUUGUUUCGUUUUUUUUGCCAGAAUGUAGCAGGAUAUUUAAUUAAUUAAACCUGGUUUACUUUUAAUAUCCUAAGCAGAAGUAAGCGCCUUGCCUAAUUUGGAUCUUCCAAUUUUCAACAACUGAAGAAACAUGUCACUGGAAACGAGACUUGAAGUCAAAUGUUUGACAGUUGUACCGUUAAACCGCAAUUGAAACCCCGCCGGACUUAUAUUGAAUUUGCCGCGACAUUUAUCUAAUAAUGUUACGCAUGCGCGGACCUUAAAGUUAUUUCACCGUCUUACAACAAGGGAAAUCAGAGAAGUAUAGAUAUUUUUCUCGAUUGCAGUUACUGAUUCUUCGAAAAAUUCUAGAUUGCUGAUAUAAUAACAGUUCCUCGUCGAUAUUCGCUCUUUUUUUAACUGCACGAAGUAUUUGUAAAGUAAAACUAUUGUCACUGUUUCUUGCUGCAAACGCUCCUGUUUCCGUUAUUUUUGUCUUGGCACGUUUAGAAUGUUUAGGGUUGAACUGAAUGGCUCUCCAUAUUGACUGCUUUUUACAGAUAAAAGUUUUUCAGUAUUGACUAAGUACAGAGCUCCGAGAUUAGCAAUCUAGAUUUUUCAAGUUGAUUCUGUUAGAUUAAAUUAGGAGCCAAGAAAAUUGGAUCAGUAAAAAUUGAUGGCAUGCGAAAUAGGCCAUGUACUACAAUGUACGCCAUACACAUCAAGUCUUCAGUGAAAAAUCCAGGCUUAGAAAAAAUAUCUGUAUCGAUAAAUCUUGUUAGGAUAAAAUUGCGCUCGAAAAGCUUUUAAGACUGGGCUUCGAUUCAUGCAAAUUGCGAUCCAAUUCCCUUUGGUAAUGACGCAUUUGGACAGUAAAUGUCAGUUUAUAUCUCCAUUAAUAAAAGGCCAUCUAUUUCCAUUUGCGUGCUGAAAUUUAGCACCAGAAGAUCCAAUGAGAGUUUGUGCGUAGGUUUCUUUAGCACAAGCUUUACCGCGUCCAUGACUGGUAAUGGAGACUAAAUCACGUCGACACGAUCGCGUGGAAAGAAAAACACAACAAAGCACAACAAAGUUAUCUCUGAAAUUUUCAAUGACGUGACUAUAUUUUUAGAAGUGUGUUUUAUUGCUCUUCUGUCCACAAGCACUCAAGCAAGGCUUUGCAAAUGUUAUGCUAAACAGGUGUGAUGUAACCUCUCACAGAUACUUUAUUCAUACAUGAAGAAUAUACAAAACAAUUUCGCUCAUACGCAUGCUUUUUCCUUCUCGCCCUCAAAAGUUCCGGUUUGUGGAAAAUUGAUGGCGAAGCGUGAUCGGCGAGGAACAUGUUAUUCUAAGCACUGAACAAUUAUUGGAUUUACGACGAACACACAGAGCAAGAGCGGUCUUUAUUACUCAAAACUUGCUGCCUUUAGCUCUUGGUUGUGAUGUCUUCUCCGCGGCCUUGGCGAAAAACCUUUUGACAAGAUGAAAAGCGUGAUCUUCUGUACCAUUUCGUUCAUAUAUUUGAAUUCGUACAGCCUUGUUGAAGGGGAGGCAACUUCGAAGCCAUCAUCAGAAACAAGCAAGCAAUUUACUGUUCCACAGCCAGCGAUAAUAUUUCUGGGAUUCCUUGGAGUAUGUCUCGUGCUUGUGUUUCUCUUGUACAAGAUUCUGCAUUCCGAUGUAUGCAAACUCGAUCGAAACAAACUGGCCGGCGUGCAAGAAGCGGAUUACGUGGAGCUUGGGCAAUCACCCGCCAUGGGCGAGGAUUCCAUGGAUGAAUCGGACAGUGUAGAUUUCAUUCAACCUGAGACAACUGCAAGCGACAGGGAAAGCGAUGACCUUGUUUUGAAAAAACCCAAAUACAUUAAGAGCAAGAGUUUGAGCGAUUUGCUCUCUGACAAACCGCGUCAAGCGCCUGCCCAGAGAAAGCUGACUCAAUGGGAGAGGCCUUCAGUUGAAGCUGUUAAAGCAAUAAGUCAUCUAAAUGUCCUUUCUGCUUACGGCGAUACGGCCGGUGCGCAGCGAGCCAGGCGAAACAAAGCUCCGAGUCGUGAAUCAAGAGGCGAGAUCAACUGCGUUGCGAAACUGCAAGUUUCCGUAGGAUUUUCUCAGACAGCGCAGCGAUUAGAAGUGACUAUCAUCCGCGCACAGGACUUCCCCGAAGCAAUUUCUGUCGGUAGUGCUACUUCGGCGAUGUCAAUUCACUUGACAUUAAUGCCGUCGAAGAGAUAUCGAUUCAAAACGAAGACAAAGGCGACCUCUGAUGUCACUAUUAACGAAACGUUUGUCAUGCGCGGGAUUUCUGCGAAUGAACUGAUGGAAAGCAGUUUUCGCUUUCGGAUCUACGCGCAAGGCUCCAUGAAGACUGGAAAACUGCUGGGAGAAACACAAACACACGUCACUGACUUUGAUUUGGAUGACGUCGUGUCUACGAUGUGGAUUAUGGUGCCGCCAGCCGCCGAGGAACAAAAGAAACCUCCCAAGAAAAGGAAACAAUAAAUGGAGCUCAUAGGUACUAAACUGAAAAAACCCAGUCUGAUUAUUUCUUCCUAUCGUUUAUUGGCUUUCCAGACUCCGGCAGUAUACAGUAUGUGCAGCUUAGUGUGAAAACCAACAUAAACACUGUCAAAAAUCGACAAGAAAAAUUAUCACAAGGACGAAGAUCAUGUUAAGUUUUCAUCCCUGUUGGAAGAAUUUGACUUUAAGUUUCGUUUGUUUUGUUCCUUAGUGCUUGAAACUGUUACAAACAGGUAGAGAAUUCAUUUUGGCGAAAAAAGUGUGGAGAUAAAGUCGAGCCUCCUGUAGUAGAUUCUUCCAACAAGACUCCUCCACCGACAAUGCACAAUUACCCUUCCUGCAGCGCCUCUAGACCUGAAUUCAUAAUGACCUAAUUGCCCUUUUGCAUCUUUUGCUAAACGGCAAGGGACAAUGUUUUCUGUUUUGUAUGUUCUCAAAACUAUCUGGAAAAUCACUCACUCAGUGCGUGUGUCAUUUCACGUACAAUCUCUGAUCACACUCAAGUUUUUUCUUGGUUAGAGUGUAAAGAAGACAACGAAAUUGAGGUCUGAAAGGAGGCUGUAUUUACAGGUUUUCCCACGCACUUUACCUUUUAAGGACACGCUUAUUCAUUUCCUUGACACUGGGCAGAUGUUAAAACGCAGGAUUCGGCACAAAAAUACCUGCCCUGGGCUAGAGAUAAUUUUAAGCUGAAACUGUUCGAACGGAAGUUCGAAAUUGUGUUUGAAAGUUCACGAUAAUUGUAUUUGCAAGGCACGAUGCCUUUUUCAAAUUUUUAUGUAAGAAAAAUACCCUGUCUUAAUAAGCAGACUUCAUGAAUAAGUUUUAUCUUAUUUCAGAAGGAAAUAAACUGCAUAAAUUAUUUUGUUUUAAGAACAGCUGUUAUCCUUGGGGUAACUGUAUUUGAAUACUGCUUCAAACAGAAAUUACUUUCAGGAUUUCACCUGAACCAAUGUCAGACCAAAAUGUACUAUUUCUCUUUAAGAUUAUUCAGUAUGUUGUAAAAUGCAGGCAAAAUUUAUUUUACUAGUAAUUUUCGCCGCCUAGCUUGUAAAACGCCAGGCGGUAGCUUCACAUUGUAAGGACUGGGUCCGAGAUUUAGUGGGAACUGAGUGAUCGAUCCCAGGUCUCGUGCAGCGAAUAAUAAAUUUUCAUAUUAAAACCUGAAAUGCACUCUCAGUUUCUUUUACUUUAAGCGAAACAGGAUUUCACUGUUUCGCUUUUGUAAGUCCCCUCGCAACUAAUUGAUUAAAACGUAUCAUGUGACUCGA